AACGUACCCUGUCGUGAGCAUGGUCGUGACCAUACAUCCUGUAUACAUCCUCUCAGGGCCGACUGCUUCCCGGAAACGAACCUUAAUUCUAAAAGAAACAUGGCGACUUUGUCUGUUAGCCGGGCACCUCUUGGAGGUUUCAGUUUCGAAAACUGUAAAAGAAAUGCAGUUUUGGAAGCCGAUUCUGCAAAGCUGGGAUCCAGCGUACCUGCAGCACGCAAAACUGGUACCACAAUCUGUGGUAUUGUUUUCAAGGAUGGGAUUGUCCUUGGGGCAGACACCAGAGCUACUGAAGGAAUGAUCGUGGCAGACAAGAACUGCUCAAAGAUCCACUACAUUUCACCCAAUAUUUAUUGCUGCGGGGCCGGCACGGCUGCGGACACGGAGAUGACCACCCAGAUCAUAUCCUCCAACCUAGAGUUGCACGGCCUUUCCACCGGCAGGCUGCCUCGCGUUGCUACAGCUAACCGCAUGCUCAAGCAGAUGCUUUUCAGGUACCAGGGCUACAUCGGCGCUGCUCUUGUGCUUGGGGGCGUGGACUGUAUGGGCCCCCACCUGUACAGCAUCUACCCCCACGGCUCCACGGACAAGUUGCCCUAUGUCACCAUGGGUUCUGGGUCCCUUGCAGCGAUGGCAGUAUUUGAGGAUCGCUACAAGCCCGAUAUGGAGGUGGAAGAGGCCAAGAGGCUCGUGCGUGAUGCUAUCGCUGGAGGAAUCUUCAAUGAUCUGGGCUCCGGUAGCAACAUUGACCUGUGUGUCAUCACCAAAGGCAACGUGGAUUACAUCAGGCCCCACGAUGAGGCUAACAAGAAGGGUGUCAGAGUAAAUGAGCUUGAAACCUUAUGCCAGUAAGUAAAAUGUGUUCCCUAGAAGUACAAAGUUGGCACGGUCCAUCUCACCUGCCUCUAAUAUUGUGCUGUGUUUUGUGUACUAAUCCUUUAACUGAAAGUUUUACGUUUUUUCGUCGUUCAUUUCUACUUACCUCAAGUCACUUAACUAACUUGCAUGCGAGUUCCCAGAGUUAAAUCGGUGUGCUGUGAUCUUGAUGGAUGGGUUUUUAUGAUGUGUCAAUUCAAAUGCCAAUUAUAAAUGGUCUAUAUUUAACCAUUACCUUGUUUAAAAAAAUAUGGAUCCUCAACACUAGGUUGUUCACUGUAGAAA